UUUUGAAGGCUCGAGCCCAAUCUCAAUCGCGUUUCUUAAAACCUCUCCCCCUUUAAGAUUCGGUCACUGUCCUCUUAAUUUCACUAUCUUUUCCUCCUUCGAGAGCUCAGUGCUGGGGUUAUUCUUUGAGGGUUUUCCUCUCUCUUUGAGCUAUUUCAGAUGAUGGGCAACAAGUGUGUUUAAACCUUUCAGCUGCAUUUUAAUUUGCAUCAGUUGCUGUGAAUUCCACCUUGUGAAAUUAAGAUGGCAGUUAAUACACCAUAUUUUGCAACCUCCAGUGGCCAGUCUUCACUUGGAGCUUCAGCCAUUUUUGGAGGAAGAACUAGAGUUAGCUAUAUUCAGAGGUUUGAUGAAGGGGGCAGGGUUUUGGGAUUACAACGGGUUACAUGUUUUAAGCAUUUUAAAUGUUGUGCAAAAUCCAAAAAGAUUGGGUCUUACCAGAAUAAUGACCCUUUCUUGCACUUGCAUCCCGAAAUCUCCAUGCUCAGAGGAGAAGGAGAUGAAACAGUUCUUGGCCGGAGGAAUGAGAAAUCGAGUAUUAACACCAAUGAAAACUCGGCGGAGGAGUCUAUUCCGAAUGAUUACAAUGCGGCCAAGAUAAAAGUUAUUGGUGUUGGCGGCGGAGGAUCAAAUGCUGUCAAUAGAAUGAUUGAGAGCUCGAUGAAUGGGGUGGAGUUUUGGAUUGUGAAUACAGAUAUACAGGCGAUGAGGUUGUCUCCUAUUUAUCCUCAGAAUCGGUUGCAAAUUGGUCAGGAGCUAACAAGAGGUCUUGGUGCUGGUGGGAACCCGGAGAUUGGAAUGAAUGCUGCCAAGGAAAGCAGAGAAUCGAUAGAGGCGGCGGUUAAUGGUGCUGAUAUGGUCUUUGUAACGGCUGGGAUGGGCGGAGGAACUGGAACAGGAGGUGCCCCUAUAAUUGCGGGUGUUGCAAAAUCAAUGGGCAUCUUAACUGUGGGCAUUGUCACAACUCCAUUUUCAUUUGAAGGACGGAGGCGUGCAGUUCAAGCACAAGAAGGAAUAGCUGCUUUGAGAGAAAAUGUCGACACAUUAAUUGUUAUACCAAAUGACAAGUUAUUGACUGCAGUUUCUCCAAAUACUCCUGUCACAGAGGCAUUCAACUUGGCUGAUGACAUACUUCGUCAAGGUGUUCGUGGGAUCUCUGAUAUAAUCACGGUUCCAGGUUUGGUCAAUGUUGAUUUUGCUGAUGUUCGAGCAAUUAUGGAAAAUGCAGGUUCUUCAUUGAUGGGUAUAGGAACUGCAACAGGUAAAUCAAGGGCAAGAGAUGCUGCAUUAAAUGCCAUCCAAUCCCCUUUACUAGAUAUCGGCAUUGAGAGGGCUACUGGAAUAGUAUGGAACAUAACUGGAGGAAAUGAUUUGACCCUGUAUGAGGUAAAUGCAGCAGCAGAGGUGAUAUAUGACCUUGUUGAUCCAGCUGCGAAUUUGAUAUUUGGAGCAGUUAUUGAUCAGUCACUCAGUGGUCAAGUGAGCAUAACCCUAAUUGCUACCGGAUUCAAACGUCAGGAUGAAACAGAUAGCCGCCCUUUACAGGGAGCUCAACUGGGUCAUGGAGAUGUUCUUGGAAUCAAUAGACGCCCUUCGUCGUCUCUUGCUGAAGGGAGCAUAGUGCAAAUUCCCGAGUUCUUAAGAAAAAAGGGGAGAUCUCGGUAUCCAGGAGCCUGAGAACUCAAUUGUUUUUGUAUAUAUCACCUUGUUCAUUAAGAGUCCUAGUGCCUAUGCAUAAUAGUAUACUAGUACUGUAGGUAUUAUUGCAAAUAAAAGCACAACUCUUUUUUUUCUUGUUGUAUUUGUGCUCUGUUUCUAAUUUCUUAACGAGAAGGCAUGUUUUGUUCA